AUGUCUCUUAUGAAGGGGAAGAGUACUAGGUCGAAAUCCAGGAGCCCGGCACCCCCUUCUCCUGCUUUCAACGAGCAGAGACAACCUCGUUUUUUCCCGCCGUCUUACUAUGCCGCUGCUGCUGGUCUGCAAGGGCAUCCGGAGCACUCUCUUCCGCGCGAAUAUGGUACUCAAGAUACUUCAGCUCAGGGUGCUCAGAUUGCGGUGGACUAUCCGUAUGACUCUUCCUCGGACUCGGGCACACGAGGCUUCACUGGCACUGGCAAUCGUCGCAGUAGCAUCUCAAGUAAGAAGUCGUUUCAGUCUUCCUCCAGUGGGAACAGCGACCGUUCCCAUAGGCGACAGACGCAACUGGAGAGCUUAGAGGCGCAGUUGCUACCGUCUCUUCGAGAUACGAUUGAUAGGAUGACACACCCCGCUGCACCUGCUUCUCCCCGCCCAGCGUCUGUAGUAUCACCACGGACGCCGGGUACACCAGCUAGAAAUCACCAUCCACCCGCGGAACGCGCCGAUGUUAGGUCGCCUUCCGUUCCGAAGACCCCCCAAAACAUCUCGUCUCCGUCUAUGACGCCUAGGGUCCCAAGGACUCCUCGCGAUGGAGCUGUAUCUUCCGGGCUAACGCCUAAGUCUACACAUAGGUCGAUUCUGAAGUCAACGCCGGAUCUUCGCUCCUUGGCUCUGAAUUCGCCUGUUACUCCUGCUUCGCCGUUCAAAGGUACUGCUGAAACCCCUACCACUAAGUCUCUUCGAUCAGCGCGAAGCAUAGUUACUCGUACUAGGCAAACUGUCGAUCCCGUCUUUAGUUCUGCAAGCCCCCAUUCAAUCGGGAACCUUGGUCCUCUCCGCGACGCUUUGGCUGAGGCCGAGAACCCGUCUGCACAAGCGUCGGAACCGGGUUCCCGCUCUCGGGGGUUACCCUCAUCUGCCGUGGACAGUCCUACCCGCCAGCGGUCAUCCUCGCGGAUGUACGUGGGAGCUCUGAAUUCCCACUUGCCUCGUCGCCUCGCAGAACCACCCUUGCCCACUGACAAGCGCCGACUAAAUCUUAUCGGGGAGAAGACAACCGUCGUCUCGUCCUCGUCUUCGGAAAUGGAGUACGAUGCGGACUGCAGGAAUAGCAGAGUGCUCAUUGUAGCCAACGCGAAUGUCAUGCCUUCCUCUAGCGAGAGCGAAGGCGAAAAGUCAUCGUCCAGUAAGAAGUCGAAUGGAGCGUCUCGGCUUCCUGUUUUCUCCGCGCGGAAAGCUGCUUGGUCGUCUCGCAAGCAAGCUGACGAUGUUUCGAGAUCUCCGCGGCGACUCCCUAUUGGACUGGGCAUAGAAAUUGGGAACGUGCGACGCAGCGAUGACAGGAUGGCGCAAGACAAAGGCAAUUCCGAAUGGUAUUCCCGCCAAGCCCAGGACCAUACGGAGGACGAAGACGAUUUGAGUGUCUACGAAGAUGAUCCAGAAGAACAUCGCCGCGACGAUGGGGUUACUGACGACGACGAGGAACUCCGCCGGAAGCGUCAAGCAGAACUGGUGAACAUGGUGGAUGGCCUCACGUCUGCUGGAACUCUGGCUGGUCUCGGGAACGCUAUGUUGCAGAGUGCGAGUGCUAGUGGAACAUCCGGUAGCUGGCAUGGCGGGAUCGCACUCAGCGGAUCCGAGGGAUUUGCGCCGCCCCUAGGGCACUCUAUCUCGUCCGACGAAGAAGGCCUUAGGGAAACGAUCAUGAACAAACUCGACGAUAGCGGAGAUGAUAACGUUUCUAAUUCCGACUAUUCUGAUGAGGAAGAACCGCCUUCCUGUGACCAUACUGCGGGCUCACUUGUCGAAGAAGAGCGCCCUCCGUGGUCAACGCCCAGAAGUAAUCGUCCAGGGACACAGCCAGUCCACGAUGACGCCUCUGGUCGUCCAGCAGGUCUCGUGCGCACCAAUACGGUCAAGCCCUCGCGUCCCUUACGGCCACUUUCUAUGCCCACUGCCCCGAAGCGACCAGCAAGGCCUGAGGAGCCUGUGUAUCGUCCUGUUGAGCAGGAGCCCAGAGGUCUAAGUUCACCAGGAGCUUCCGGUAGAGCUGGUGGCCCUGGAUCCACUACGCCUAAGCAUUCCCCAAGGCCAUCUGCAUACCGACAUAGCGUAGCUGCUAGUAGUCCAUCCGGGCGAUACUCAGGCUUCGUGGCCAAGGAGGAUCCUACGAUCACACCCGAGGGGAUCCAUACUCGUUCCCGCACGGCUUCAAACAUGGGUCAGGAACUGACGGAGGCUCGCAGAAAUAGUCGCAGGGAACACGAGUUCCGGCAUGUAUCUACUGAGAUCACCAAGUCGGAUAGCUACAGUUCUUCGGUUGGGGAGGAUCAUCGUUGGCGAGAACAGAGUAAUGGUUUCAGUCAUGGCGCUGAGGCAUUGUUCCAUCGACUACAGCAUGUUAGGAAUCAGUCGCGGUCUGAAUCCGGGAGACCAAGGAGUGCCUCGACCGGGCAUCGCUCGUCCGCUUGUAACGUCCGCAUCCAGUCAUCUGCGAGAGUUGAGACGAGGCAGUCUGCUGAUCAAGCAGACGUGAGUAAGGUUGACUUUUAUAGACCAGGCGAUGAAGUAGACAUUCGUCGCGAGGUUAUCCUCAGCGACUUACGGAACUCGGAGGAGGCUUUCCUCGACCUUGUCCGCCCGAUAGUGACAUUCUUCGUUCAACCACUUCGGAAUCACAGUAGUAGGUCUUGGGUGCAGGGCGUGCCAACCGAAGUUGCUCCAUUUUUCGACUGGUUUGAAGAUAUCGUCAAUCUGCAUACCCAGUUCUUGGGUAUCCUACGGUCGCUCGAAGAGAGUAGGAGCAAUGGUUUGCAAAGAAUGUGCCAGACAAUCCUUCGGUUUGUGCCGAAAUUGGAGAUUUACCAACCGUACCUAGCUCAAGUUGAAUCAGCCGUCUCUCUCAUAGAUAGAAUGGCCCACGAUAGGGGAAAUGAUUUUGGCGUAUUCAUUCGCAUGCAGCGUAAACAUGCUGGGCUCAGUACUUCCUCUUUCAAGAAGACGAUAUUCAAGCCUAGAGAACGCCUGCAUACUUACAUCGGGGAUUUUCAGCGACUGCUCCAAGCGACUCCGAAAGGCCACUCGGACUACUUACCUGCCUUUUCGCUUUAUAACUCUAUCCAGAUGAUCAUCCAGGUUAUGUUGGAGGUGAAGGCCAGAGAAGACGAGUACUGCCAAGUCAAAGCUCUACUUGCGCAAAUUGACGGGAUUCCUUCGGGCACGUCGCUGGUCAAACGAGAACGCAGGUUGCUUGCCCAUGGUUCGUUGGUUGUGGUUCAACGACACGAUAUCAACUCUUGUGGGGAUAUUGGGGUUAGGCCACCAGAUGACCUGAGCGUCAACCAUAUCACUGCUGACGCUGGUGCUAAGCCACCAAGGGAUGCCUCCCUACGACAGUCACGCCUGGGCAACGCUGUGCUAGAAUGGGAUAGAAGACGUUCGCGCUCGCGAUCUGUGGACUCGGCUGCUUCCUCUAUGGUGUCUUUCGGCUCUCGGGACUCCAUCUCUUCUGGAUUGACUGCUCCUGUGAGUUCGUCAGGCAGCUAUUCGGAGUCGCACACUUUGUUCUCUCCGUCUCCGGCGAAGGCCAGAAACAGUGGUGAUCAAGAGAAGAAAGACAUGGCGUAUUCUAAAGACUCAGGCGAGGCGAGGCAUAACAAGCUCGAGGGCUCUGAUACUGUUCUAGCGCUCGUCUUCACUGACUUGCUGGUCUUGGCGAAAACUGCGGGCGACCGGAAUCUCUUGGACCCUCCCGGGACGGUGAAUCAUUGGCUAUUGCUCCCUGACGUAGGGGUGACAAGAAUACUCGAUGUAGUCAACCCCACCGAUGACAAUGGGAAUAUCACGCUUGAUUUACUCACUGUGGACGUCAAACAGCUAGAAACAGGCGAGAUCUCGGACGACACAUCUGUGCUUACACUUUGUCUGGCUUUACCGGAGAAGCAAUACUCGAUUGACCGGCAAAAGCGAUGGCUCAGCUCUCUUCGUCAAUCUUCCAGGCAUACUUUGCGCUCCUUCUCAUUCCCCAGUCACUCUGGCAAGUACCUGGGUCACGGGUCUAGCGUGGAUCUGGAGACCGACACACGGCAAGCUGUCCUGUCGAUCCUAGCCUCGGGGCUCCCAAUUCCAAAAAGUCCAUCGAUACAGCUCCAAGAAUUUCCCUCCUUGCAAGGCGUUUCUCUGGACAAUGUAGAACGCGAAGGACGGGGAUGGUGGGCCCUGCGCUACCAGCAAAUCUUCCGUGAGAUGCAACGCAUGGACUUGUCUUCUGUUGAAUGUGGUUUGCAACAUGGGCCGCCGUACGCGUGA